CAUGUACCCAGAUCCGCAACCGCUUUGCUCUUGUCCGCCUCAGUGCAGCGCUCCUUGAGAUCUUUGAUUCGUUGUAGCGCUUCCCUCUCCACCGAUGGAAUCCACCUUUCCACCCGUCCAGCAUGUACGACCCCAAAUCUACCCCUCCGCACGACGAAGCCAAACGCGGGAUGGGUAGAACAAUCCAACGCCGCCUAUCGUCUCUCACCCCUGAGGAUGGCCGCUCGUCGAACCUCGAGAAGGCGAGGCAAUUGCAGGCCAAUGUCACGAGCGAUGCAAGUCAGGAUGUCCGGGACAUGCUCGGUCCCGCAGCCAGCAAUCACAGAAGCCACAUCGAAAAUCGUCGGACGGCCAGCUACAUUUCCACCCUCCAGGACAACCGCCUAACGAAGGAAUUUCAAGCAUCCUUCGAGAAACUUUCCGAUGAAGCCAAGGAAAGCGCUCGCAAGCUGCCGCCACAUCGCUUUCUGUCACGGUUUGCGCUCAACGCGCGACCCGCACCAGCGCGCCAAUGCCAGAACCUCCUUGGCCAGCGAAUUGUGGAUCGCAGCUCAGCUUCUGUGUUUUACCGCGCUACCUCCGCCUCAUCCGUCUCUGCCCUCCCCACCCCAUCACCAUCACCCCUCAGCGUCCAACUCCGCUCCAUCCGGCUCUGCGCAGGACCAGUACGGGGCUGGGAGAUCAGUAGGGCAUCGCCUUACGCCGUCCCACUUCACGGAUCGCAGGUUCGGCGAGACCGGACGCGAGCCGGGGUAUCGUUUCCGACAGUCUCCAUUCAUCAGCUGCGCGCAGCACAUCGCUUCAAUCCCGUCGGAGCACCGAUUCGCGCUCGAGCGGUGGGUACGGCUCCUCCAGCCAACGUCACAACUGGAACGAAUCGCGCUGAAUAGCGCGGCGGUUUGGACGAUGCGAACGAUAAACGAUGCGCGCUCGCCGUUGGAGGAAUCACUCCUCUCUCUCGCUGUACCAUCACUUGUUGUUCUCACCGCUUGAAAUGAAUACACGAUUGGAAUUGAAUACAUGAUUACACGGAAACGUACGGAUCUGAUCCAGAUGUCGAGAAAAUUUGCCAAGCACUGGUCUGUCCU